AUGGCUUUCGAAUUAUCUAAGACCUCUGCUUACCACUCUCGUUUCCAAACUCCUUUCAGAAGAAGAAGAGAAGGUAAGACCGACUACUACCAAAGAAAGAGAUUAGUCGCUCAACACAAGGCUAAAUACAACACUCCAAAGUACAGAUUAGUCGUUAGAUUCACUAACAAGGAUAUCAUUUGUCAAAUCAUCUCCUCUACCAUCACUGGUGACGUUGUUUUAACUGCUGCUUACUCUCAUGAAUUACCAAGAUACGGUAUCACCCAUGGUUUAACCAACUGGUCCGCUGCUUACGCCACCGGUUUAUUAAUCGCCAGAAGAACUUUACAAAAGUUAGGUUUAGACGAGACUUACAAGGGUGUCGAAGAACCAGAAGGUGAAUACGAAUUAACCGAGGCUGUUGAAGACGGUCCAAGACCAUUCAAGGUUUUCUUAGACAUUGGUUUACAAAGAACUACCACUGGUGCUAGAAUCUUUGGUUGUUUGAAGGGUGCCUCUGACGGUGGUUUAUACAUUCCUCACUCUGAAAACAGAUUCCCAGGUUGGGACUUCGAAGCCGAAGAAGUUGAUGCCGAUUUAUUAAGAUCUUACAUCUUUGGUGGUCACGUUUCUCAAUACAUGGAAGAAUUAGCUGAUGAUGAUGAAGAAAGAUUCUCUGAAUUAUUCAAGGGUUACUUAGCUGAUGACAUCGAUGCCGAUGCUAUUGAAGACAUCUACACUGAAGCUCACGCUGCUAUCAGAGCUGACCCAGCCUUCAAGCCAACCGAAAAGAAAUUCACCAAGGAACAAUACGCUGCUGAAUCCAAGAAGUUCAGACAAACUAAAUUGACCAAGGAAGAAAGAAAGGCUCGUGUUGCUGCCAAGAUUGCUGCUUUAGCUGGUCAACAAUAG